CUUGCAACAACACACAGUUAAGCUUCAGUGUUUAAAUAAUAUGAACAUAAAUUGUAAAAGAUGUAUCGCAAAUUUUUUGACUUUAUUAUCCUAUUUAAAAAGUUUUUAAAAUUUUAAAAGCAAACUGUAAAAUGUAAAAUUGGAUUUAUCAAGUUAUGCUGGAGGAAUCAAUAAUAUACACAAAAUGAAUUCAAAUCGCCAUUUCAGAAGAACUCCUUGAGUGAAACUUUGCAUGUACAGCUUUGAAAUUAGGCUGUGCAGGAGGAAACAUUACCAUGACGACAAGGGUUAUCUUUGUUCUCCAUGUGUUUCCUGUCUAAGUGAGGUGUUUGGUGCAGGGGAUAUAACAGAUAUACUAUGGUUAACACUGAAGAGGUGCCAGAUUAUUGUUUAAUGUGUUGGUGUGCUCAUGUUAAGGCUGCAGGGGUUUUAUACUGGGCUGCUGCCACUAUGGUGCUGUGAUUCUGGGGUUUAUGAUACUGUAAUGGCAGCAGGGAUAUGGUCAGAGCUCUGGACAUUGUACCUCAUACUGGCACUUGGUAGUCCAAAACCCUCACCAGCACCACGGGAGAAAUCCCAUGACUUCAGAAGGAUCCUCCUAGGUUUGGAUAAAUGCAAUGCCUGCAUAGGAACAUCCAUUUGCAAGAAGUUUUUCAAGGAUGAAAUAAGAUAUUCAUACUGCAAUAGAUUAUUACAGGAUCCAAAUCUCCAGGGGCUUAGCCAUUGUUUCAGAAGUGAGGAGGACAGAAGUGUCAAGUACGUGCGCUCGUAUGAGGGAAACUAUACAGACAGCACAGUGGGCUGGAGACCUGUGGUGCUAUCCCAAUUGAUGUCUCCUCACCUGCACGAGAUAUCAGACAAUAGCAUUUGCACCUCAUCAGGCAAAGGGAAAUCCUGCAGCAUUGAAGCCGUCCUCAGGGCCACUACACGCUUCCAAAGUUGGGUUCGCUCCAACAUACUGCUUCCCAGCAUGGUGAAGGUCUGCAUUUGGUCUCUGUAUUCUAAUAUAGCCCUAUUUGAGGUCAGCAUAGGAUUUAACGGUCCGAAGAAUUCAAUUUCAAAGCAGCAUCAAUAGGAAGUGUUAAUUUGACACUUUUUGACACCAUUUUUUUUCCUCCAUUGACAAUAUUUCUUAAAGAAAAGCUUUGGUGAGGAAGGAUGAAGGUAAAAAUGUACUUCUUCCUUUAGACACACUAAUAGCCAGACUGUUUUACGGGUGUUUCUUCAACUUCAGGCACACUGUAAAAAAAAAAAAAAAAAAAAAAAAAAAAAAAAAAAAAAAAAAAAAACAGUUGAAUCUUUUAUAACAAUUGUUUAAACAUGUUGUAACUUAUUGAUGAUAUUAUUUUUUACAAUGCACUUUUAUGUUCCAGAUUUCAACUUUAUUCUUUAUUUAGGUUCACAUUUCUUGCUUUUUAAUAACAACCAGUAUGGCACAGCUCAUACAAACCUGUGCUGCCAUUUUACCUCUAAAAAUUUUAUUUUAUGUUUUUAAACUGUGGUGUAUGUUAUAUGAAGACUUCAGAUGCAACAGCCUCUAAGUCCCUCUUUUUCUUUAAUAUUAACAUCUUUAUCAGGCUUCUAUCCUUUCUACCUCCAACAUCUCCGAAUGGGCUGAGGCAGGGAUUUAGUGGGAGUUUAACCCAUAGAUAUCAUAUUUAACCAAUAGCACUGAAGUUACAGGAGUUUCUUCCCGUUGCUAAGCAACGGAACUAGGUCGAAAAGG